AUGACCCGUUCACUCAAUGUUACAGUCUACCUCGCCAUCCUGGCAGUAUGGCUUCUUUCCCUCAUCACCCCUACUACUGCCCUGCCAGCCAUCCCCGUUCUUCCCUACGAUGCGCCCAACCCCAAGCGCGAUGCCGGUCGUACCACUGUGGUUGCUGGUUUGAAUAACUGGAACUGUAAACCCUCUGCCGCCCACCCUCGUGCCAUCGUUCUGGUCCAUGCAACCCUUCUGACCGAAGAGUCCUGGCACCCCCUCGUCGCACCCGCGCUGGUCAAGACCGGAUACUGCGUCUAUGCACUCACCUACGGUCGUCAAGCUGGCGUCCCCUUCUUUGGAGCCGUUAACCAUUUGGAAUCCAGCGCCCGAGAAGUCGGCGACUUUGUCAACAAGGUCCUGGCAGCCACCAAUACCACCCAGGUUGAUAUGGUCGGUCAUUCCCAAGGCGGUGUCUUGGGCCGGUAUUGGAUGAAAUAUAUGGAUGGUGCUGGAAAGGUCUAUCGAAUGGUCGGCGUUAGCGCAAUCACCCACGGCACCCUCCUCAGCGGCAUCGUCCUCCUUGGCGAAAUCACCGGCCUCCUCAAGCCCGCAGAACCCCUCGUCGACUCCUUCUGUGCCGGCUGCUACGACAUGAUCCGCGAUUCCGAUUUCAUGAAGAAACUCAAUGCCGGUGGCGAUACCACCCCGGGGGUCAUUCAUUCCUAUAUCGCUACACGGUACGAUGAGGUGAUUACCCCUUACCAGUCGACUUUUACGUUGGCUUCCGGAGUGACGAACACGUUGGUUCAAGAUCUGUGUGCAGUUUCUGUGCCUGAGCAUUUGUUGAUGGUUGGGUCCAAGGUGGUGAUGAGGUGGAUUCUGAACCAGUUGGAUCCCCCGAACGCGAAAUCUGCCAACUGUUUGUCGGUGUUUGACUGGUACUGA